UUAAACAACACAUAAAUCACAUUUACGUUUUGGAUUUUCCAUUUUUUCCUCUCGCGUCAUUUUUCCCGCCAAAAAGCUGCAGAUUACCAGAAAAGAAUUUAAGCCAAAAUUUGACGGACACUCGGUAGCCAAAAUCAAGAUCACCACCGUCGAGAUGUUUGGAUCUCACGGAGAGAGAUCAAUUGAAAAAUACGGUUCGAUUAAUGCAAGCAACGUUGGCUCUAUCGUUCCCGUUUAUUUCACCGAAAACGAGUACUCCAAGGACGAAGAAAAGCUUAUUUUUGACCUCAUUCGCUUCUUCUCCGCUUCUUCAGGGAAAGAUCUUGCUCAUCAGGUAAAGGAUGACUGUGGUGCCGUUUCUUUGUCUCUUGAUUACCAACGAUUUCGAAGAUUAUGUGAUAUCGAAGAAUUCUAUGCCAAAAUGGAAGAUAAACCUAAAAUAGCUCUCUCAUGCAUGAGUGCUGCUAUUCACCAGGUUUUAUUAAACAACCAGGAUUUCUACUUGGAGGAAGGAAAGAAGAUAAAUAUUCGUCUGCACAACUACCCUGAAUCCAUGAUUGUCUUGAAGAACUUAAAGGCAGCAUAUAUCGACAAGCUUGUAUCUGUGCGGGGUACAGUGGUAAAAGCUAGCAAUGUCAAGCCUCUUGUGACUAAAAUGAAUUUUGCCUGUGAAAAAUGUGCAACCGAGAUCCCUCGUUCAUUUCCUGAUGGAAAGUUUUCGCCACCAUCGGCUUGUACUAUACAUGGCUGCAAGAGUAGAACAUUCAAACCAAUUCGAUCCUCGGCUCAAGCAAUAGAUUUUCAGAAGAUAAGGUUACAGGAGCUGCUAAAGUCUGAGGAUCAUGAAGAAGGUCGUGUCCCUCGAACAGUAGAAUGUGAAUUGACUGAAGAUCUUGUUGAUCUGUGCAUCCCUGGAGAUGUAGCAACAGUCACUGGAAUUAUAAGAGUUAUCAACAAUUACAUGGAUAUUGGAGGAGGAAAAUCAAAAGGCAGAAAUCAAGGAUUUUACUAUCUGUACAUAGAAGCAGUUUCUAUAAAAAAUUCUAAGUCGCUCUCUGUGACUGAGGAUAUGGAAGAUUCCAACAGUGAUGCUAGACCAAAAGAGCUAGUUGAUUUGUUCCCUUUCUCUCCAAAGGAUUUGGAAUUUAUUGUGAAGUUUUCAAAAGAGCAUGGUUCAGAUGUCUUUCGCCAAAUACUUCAAUCCAUAUGUCCAUCCAUCUAUGGACAUGAGCUUGUUAAAGCUGGGAUAACUUUGGCAUUGUUUGGUGGAGUACGAAAACAUUCAAUGGAUCGGAAUAAGGUCCCAGUCAGAGGAGACAUCCAUGUCAUUGUUGUUGGUGAUCCAGGUCUGGGGAAGAGCCAACUGCUGCAAGCAGCGGCUGCUGUUUCCCCACGUGGUAUAUAUGUUUGUGGCAAUGCCACCACCAAUGCUGGUUUAACUGUAGCUGUGGUGAAGGACACUAUGACAAGUGACUAUGCUUUUGAGGCUGGAGCCAUGGUACUGGCAGAUGGUGGACUAUGCUGUAUAGAUGAGUUUGAUAAAAUGUCUGCUGAACAUCAGGCUUUACUGGAAGCAAUGGAACAACAGUGUGUUUCUGUUGCAAAAGCUGGACUGGUAGCAAGUUUAUCUGCUCGAACAUCUGUCUUAGCAGCAGCAAAUCCUGUUGGUGGUCAUUAUAACCGUGCGAAAACAGUCAAUGAAAAUUUGAAAAUGAGUCCAGCUUUGCUCUCAAGAUUUGAUUUGGUUUUCAUAUUGCUUGAUAAACCUGAUGAGCAGCUGGACAAGCAACUUUCGGAGCACAUAAUGUCGCUUCAUGCAGGAUAUGGAGAAAGUUCACCAGCACUGAAAAAGCUACGUAUACCUAAAGCAUCACAAAACGUUGAAGCAGUAACUAUGAGAGUGAACGGAGGUUCUUUAGUUUCUAGGCUGAGACUUGACCCCAAAAAGGAUGCUGAUUUUGUCCCAUUGCCUGGUGCACUUCUUCGCAAAUAUAUUUCUUAUGCAAGAACAUAUGUCUUCCCCAGGAUGUCCAAACCAGCAGCGGAAAUCCUGCAAAAAUUCUACUUACAACUAAGAGACCGUAAUACAUCUGGUGAUGGCACGCCUAUAACAGCGAGACAAUUGGAGAGUCUAGUUAGACUAACACAAGCUCGAGCUCGAGUGGAUUUGAGAGAAGAAAUAACAGUCCAAGAUGCUAAGGAUGCAGUUGAAAUAAUGAAAGAAUCCCUGUACGAUAAGUAUGUUGAUGAGCAUGGAUUUGUGGAUUUUGGUCGAAGUGGGGGAAUGAGUCAACAAAAAGAAGCAAAGCGCUUUUUAAGUGCUUUAAACAAGCAAUCAGAGUUGCAACAAAAAGAUUGCUUCUCCAUAUCUGAAAUCUACAGUUUGGCAGAUAGAAUUGGGUUAAGAGUUCCUGAUAUUGACACAUUUGUGGAUAACUUAAACAGUGUAGGUUAUCUUCUUAAGAAAGGGCCAAAGACAUACCAGGUGUUAUCAUCAUCAUAUUCAAGAAGCCAACCAUCAAGAUCAAGAUGCUAAUUACCAUUGGUGCAUUUGAAAUGUGUGGUAAUGUGACUUCUGCAUUUUUUUUCAAGAUAAUUUCUAGAUUAUAUAUAUGGCAAAGCAACCAUUCAAUUCAUAAUAUGAAACAUUUUUUUGCAUUUAACUUCACAAUA